AUGUCUGCAAGAAAAGAGGUAAGACGAAACACGGCCAAACCGCCGCGGCCUCAUGACGGAUUUAAGGAGACCCUUCUCUGCAACGACCGUUCUGCUGACCUGGUAUGUGAGGCUGAGGGUCAGAAGCAAGGUCGCAUCAGCAUCCAGUCUGCCUUUUACGGUCGGCGGAGCUGGGAUAUUUGCUUGGCGGACGGCGACUCAUACAAUGACGAGUACUGCGCAGUGGAAGGCAUCCUCCCUCGCUACAGGAAAAUGUGCAACAGCCAGCAAAAAUGCCACAUUGAGCUUUUGGAGGACGAGUCCUGCCCUGCCUCCUCCUCCAAAUAUCUGCAGAUGGUCUAUAGCUGUGAACAGAAAGUAUGUCUCGACAGUCUGGUCAUCGCCGACGGGAGCGUCGCAGACUCUUCCUUCAUAGCCUCCUCCUCAAUGGAAGACGCCACCCCAGAAAAAGCCCGCCUCAAUGGAGAGUCCUGCUGGAAGCCGUCAAAAGCUCCCAUCGGCAGUUGGAUCCAGGUGAACCUCGGUAACACGAGAAAGGUGACGGGGAUCGUGACCCAGGGCUGUGAUGGCGCUAGUACUAGCUCCUGGAACAUCCAUCUUGAGAUGAAGCUGAGCGUUAAGUGGAGGAAGUGGACCGAGCACCCAAACGGGAAGUUCAUCGGCAGUGGAACUCACCUGCUUGAGACGCCCGCGUUCGCUCAGUACGUCCGCAUCCUGCCGCUGGAGAAUCUUCCCCAAUUUGGCCUCCGCUUCGACAUCUUGGGAUGCGCACAUGACGAUGAGACGACCUGCGCCAGAACGUUCAACAGCCUCCACGUGACCGAUUCGAUGACGUUCUACUGUCCCCCGGGCUGUGACAAAGAGGAACACUUUGUCUUUGGAUUGAUGGUCUACUCUGCGGGCUCGCACAUCUGCGCGGCCGCUAUUCACGCCGGAGUCAUCCGGAGCGACAUCGGAGGAGAUUGUAUCGUGAUGAGAGCUCCCAAACAGCAAGUCUACACGGGCUCCACCGGGAACGGGAUCACCUCCAGACAUUUGGUCGACCCACUGGGCGUGUCGCACACGUUUGGAGACGGAGAGCCCAGAUGCUCAGCGCCUGACUGGGAGGAGUUUGCCGGUUUCUGCUACAAAACCUUUGAGGGCAAAAAGAAAUGGGAUGAUGCGCAACUCGUCUGCCGUAGUCUCGGUGCCGAUCUGGUGUCCAUCCGCUCAGAGGUGGAGCAGGCGUCGGUGAAAAACGUCUCCAACCUCGGUGCGCACCCCAACCUUAAAUUCCCAACAGUCCCCGUAGAACGACUCGAUGGGUGCAAUAUCUGA